AUGCUCCGUCGUUCAUGCGUUUUUGCCGUUCAGCGAACACGGGUGAACCUUGUUUCUCUGGUGUUCAAGCAGCUGGAGGGAUCUAACCCACUGACUGUGAAGGAUAAGCCUGUAAGCUCAUGGUCUGAUGAGUUUAUGAAGCCCCCAGUCUCAAAGGAUAUGGAAGCCAAGUAUGGACAGUAUGCAAAGUACUCCGAUCCCGCUCUCUGCACAGUGGACACCUCUGAGGAAGUUGUGCUGAAUACAUACCCUGAGGGUGCCACUCAAGGCCGCAUUGAGGCCACCGCUGGUGUGGCACUGAAGGAUUACGAUGCCUCUAUGUGGGAUGAGGAUUUCUUCCGCAAGCACAUCUUGAAGCCAAAGCUUCCGGAUGAGUUGGAAGAUCGCGCUCGUGUGACGGAUUACGCAUUGAACUCCGCUCUCUUGGGAUUUGUUAUUCUUAUGGCUCGCUAUGCAGUGCUGCCACUGUGGUAUGUUGGACAGCCGGCCCUGUCAAUGGUUGGGCAAAUGAACGUUGAGGCGGAGGUGGGCCAUCUAGAGGAGCGCGAGUGCAAGACAGUCGUCUGGCGUGGAAAGCCCGUAUUUGUGUACCGACGCAGUGAGCGCCAGAUGAAGGAAAUUGCAGAGACCCCUCUCUCUGCACUUAAGCACCCGGAAACAGAUGAGGUUCGCUUCCCUGAACAACGUGAGAAGGCUGUUGUGAUUGCCAUUUGCACACAUUUGGGAUGUGUGCCUAUUCCAAAUGAGGGUCUCUUUGGUGGAUUCUUCUGUCCAUGCCACGGCAGUCACUACGACGCCUCUGGUCGUAUUCGUCAGGGACCUGCACCACUCAAUCUUGAGGUGCCCCCAUACAAGUGGAUUGAUGAGAACGUAAUCUAUCUAGGAAAGUUGUAA